CCCCCCCCCCCCCCCCCAGAUGCAGGUGUCAAAAUGGUAUGUAUUGCAUGGUCUGCAUGCUCUGUUGUGAAUUGAUUCAAGCAGGUUUAGUGUCCUAAAAGUAUUUUUAAGGAUCCUAAACCUCACACUGAUUAUACAUUUAAGAUCAGGGAUGCAAACUAGUCAGCUUUAGGUUACGGCCCCCUUUUUUCCCCCAAAUGUGGCAAUGAAGUGAAUUGUGUGAAAUGUGGAUUUGUGUCUGCCCUGGCAGCUCCCUGAGAAGUGCUGCUCUGGGAGCAUUCACUAUUUUCACCCUAUACCGUUUGUGUUUGCAUCCCUGCUUUCUUGUGUCCUGUUUUGGCAGGAUCAUCAUAGUAAUACAAUAUUUGCUUUUGAAGGUUCCUCUCUAUCCUGGGCUUCAUCAUCAAUAUCGACACGUUGAUGUCAAUGGUUCCUGUGCUGCUUGAAGGACAGCGAUAUGUCCUGACCUACAGGUUCAGCCAGGACCACUUGGAGCUUCUCUUUAACUCCAUCAGAGCAUCCGGUGGCUGGAAUAACAACCCUAAUGCCAGCCAGUUCAAGUACAUCUUCCGAAAGCUGAUGGCCCGGUGUGGGGUUGUUAAACCAAGCAGCAAAGGCAAUGUGACUGCACAGGAUGACACAGAGUCCCUACCAGCUGUAGCAAUGUCCUCUGCUGCCCAGUCCUACCACAUCGACACAUCUACAAACCUGUCAGCUGUAGAUAUGUCCUCUGCAGAACAAAGAGAAGAUCUUCCAUCCCCGUUUGCUGACAUUCCUGCCCUUGUACAUGACCACAGCUACCUUCCCACCCGCUUCGAUGGUCUUGUGGACAACGCUCUCGUGUACAUUUCAGGAUUUGUUGUGCGACGGACGGUGAAGAAGCUGUCCUGUGAUGUCUGCCGUGCCAGCCUGGUGACGGACGCUGCAUCUGCCAGUAAGGACAAGAGCUACCACCUGCUGACUCUAAGAAACAAUGGAGGCCUGGUGAUUCCGUCUGAAGGCACGGUGAGGGUCGUCAGGGCAGCAGAGUGGGUCAUUCGCCAGGCAUCAGCAGAUUCCAGACGAUCACAGCCCAUCAAACUGCUAGAGGUCCUCUACAUUGUGCGGAAGAGGAUAGGUUCAGAGGAUGUGUUUUUGCUCGGGGAGCACAUCGGCGACACACAGUAUGGCAUUGACAGUCACCACCAUACGCUGGUAACAUUAGUUGUGUCCCUGUUUUUCAAGCUAAGGCUGCACCACAUUGCAAAAAUCAAUACUCUGAGCUUACAGAGUGGCAACAUGAGACAGAAGCUCACCAAAGCAGUCCUUUUCAAAGGGCAUUAGCUCCAACUGUGUGUGCACCGUGUGUCUUAUUGGUUUUGUGUUGUACUGUAUUGUAUUGUGUGCAGCUGGUCCUUGUCUCCAAGACAAAAUAAAAUAACCUUGAACCUUGAAGCCCCAUCUCUCCC